CUCAGCCAAUAAGGCGGAGGGGGCGUGGUUUGCCUGGGCUGGGACCCUGGAGACUCAGAAACGAGGGGCGUCCGGGACUCAGCCAUAGGCGCCAGCGACCCAUCAGCCUAGAGCAUGCCCGACGCGGAGAAGCCCUCCAAGCGGCGAAGGCCCACGCCGCCCUUCGACCCGCGCUUCCCCAACCAGAACCAGACCCGCAACUGCUACCAGAACUUCCUGGACUUCCACCGCUGCGUCCAGAAGAUGAACCGCCGCGGGAAGAGCACGCAGCCCUGCGAGUACUACUACCACGUGUUCCACUCGCUGUGCCCCGUCAGCUGGGUGCAGCGCUGGACGGAGCAGAUCCAGGACGGGACCUUCGCGGGGAAAAUCUGACCGUCUGCGCGCGGCUCCUCCGAGGGACCGGCCAAGGGCCCCAUCCCUUCGUCUCCCCGAGACCCGGCCCCGGCCCCCCACCCCCAG